CCUCACUAACUCACUCUGCUCACUGCUCUCUAUAACUUGACCUCCUCGCACUCGCACUCUCAUCACUCAAGCACAUCCCUUAGCAGCUCGAGUACUAGCUCCAUGGCCCUCGCUAAGCUCUCGCAGUGCCUCGCUCUUCUCUUUCUUCUGCUCGCACUUCGUCAUCUCGUUGAGGCGGAGAGCACAGAGACGGCAUCCCUGGCUGCGGCGCCAUCUCCUGCGACUAAAAUUGACUGUGGAGCAGCGUGCGCUGUGAGGUGCAGCAAGACGUGGAAGCAAAAGAUGUGCAAGAAGGUGUGCAGGACCUGCUGCAGCAGGUGCAACUGCGUCCCGCCGGGCACUUCCGUGUACACGCGCCCCGCGUGCCCUUGCUACGCCACCAUGACCACACACGGAGGCCGUCUCAAAUGCCCAUGAUUUUGUUUAAUUAGUUUCGAAUUCUUAAUGACUCACGUGGAGUCAUCGGAUAGUGGUAGAAGUCGAAUUGUUAUGGGUUUUUGUACGUUCGAUGUUAUAUUUUUUUUCAAUAAUAAGGUGUCAAUUUAUUGCAGCA